AUGAUGAAAAGAGGUGUGUCGUAUAAUGGAUUGGAUUGUCUUGCAGAUGCGUCCAGUGAUGCCUACAUGAAGUACAAGCACCAGCUGCAGGCCGAAAUUCCAUGGGUCUCUCAGACAAAGUAUGCAAAGUACACUGUUUACUUUGGAAUAGCCACGAUUUUUGUGGCAUUCGUUAAGCAAAUAUACUACAAAUACCGAGAUUAUACAUAUAGAUCCAAGCAGUCCUCCAACUUUGGAACCUCACUCAUUGAUAUAUGGAUAUCAUAUUGUCGCUAUUACGGAUAUAAACAAUUACCAACAUGGUUAACAUACUUUUCAAUACCAGGAUCAGUGGGUUCAGCACUGUACAUGUUCUUAUCGUCGCUUUACAUGUUGUGCUAUUGCCUUGUACCGCAUUUCUGGUAUAGAGGAUGUGCUGGUUUUGGCUCAUCGCCGUUAGCUGUACGCGCUGGUCUUAUGGCGACGGCACUAACCCCAUUUAUUUAUGUUUUGGCAGGCAAAUCAAAUGCUAUCACUUUAUUGACUGGUAUCAGUUAUGAAAAACUAAACACUUUCCAUCAAUAUACUGGUGUUGCUUGUUUCAUAUUAUCAGUCAUUCACGUGGUCCCAUUUAUUUAUCAGGACUUGGCUGAAGGCGGAAGCAGUAAUUUGAAGAUGAAUUUCAAAGACAGUUUUGAGUACUAUAGUGGUAUACCGCCAUUAAUUCUAUUGGGUCUUUUGUGUAUUCUCUCGAAAUCGUACAUCAGAAAAGUGGUAUAUGAAUUGUUUCUACAUGCCCAUUGGAUGAUGGGUAUUGCUUAUUUUGGGACAUUAAUUUGGCAUAUAAACAAAGAGUUAGGUGCGGAUGACUACAUGUGGGGUGCAUUAGCUUUUUGGGCCACUCAAAUUAUUUACAGGAUCUUGAUGAAAACAGCAUUCAAGCCAAACGCAAUGUUUUUAAGAUCAAGACAAGCACAAUUGGAAAAACUAGGCAGCGAUGGGGUAUAUCAAGUCGUAAUUGGAAAUACCACUGGUGUUAAUUGGAAACCUGGCCAACAUUGUUAUCUUAGAUUUGCUGGUGUUAGAAUACUUGACAGCCAUCCUUUUUCAAUUGCAUCCGUUGAUGAAGAAGAUAAAACUGCCAUGAAGUUUAUCAUCAAAGCACAGAAAGGAUUAACACGCAAGAUUUAUCAGGAAUUGGAUAAGCUGAUAACUUCUAAUAAAAAUGUUUAUGUGGAUGGUCCAUACGGAGGCACAUUUAGAGAUCCAAGGUCAUUUAAAAGAGUGGUUUUGUUGGCAACCGGCACUGGAGUCACUGCCACUUUGCCAUUUUUGACGUAUUUAGCAAAAACUGAUUCGAUAGUUAAACGAGUUUCAUUUAUUUGGAUUGUGCGCCUGCAAGAAGAUAUACACUGGGUCAAAAGUGAAUUGCAAGAGUGUCAAAAAUUAGGUGGGAGUAAAAUAGAUAUACAUAUCCAUGUUGCUGCUAAGAAAUCGAUAUAUACCAAAGGUGAUUUUGAAAAGGAGAUCGAAAGCGAAGAAACUAACUUGAAUGAAGAAGACUGGUUAAUUGAUUAUGGUAAACCAUCGGUGACAAGUAUUCUAAAACUGAUGGCAGGUAGCUUAGCUGCUCGUAAUAUGAUAGUUUGUUCAGGAAGCGAUUCUUUGAAAAGAGAGGUGAGCAGUAUCGUUUCUGAACUCCAAUCGUUGGUGUUUAACAAUGACUUGGUCAGAUCCAACGUUGAAGAAAUAUAUUUGCACACUGAGUCUUUUGGAUGGUAA